GGAGGAGUUUUAGUAUCUCUUUACAUCUUCCUCUCUUGGAAUGAGAGCUUAGCUUAUUCAUCACCAUCUCUCUCUGCUGAUCUGUAGCAACUAGCAACCAUGGGUGGCGAUAAAGCAAUCAGUCUUGAAGAGAUCAAGAAUGAGACUGUUGAUCUGGAAAAAGUCCCUAUUGAGGAAGUGUUUGAGCAACUGAAAUGCACCAGAGAGGGACUUAGUUCCGAUGAGGGGGCCAACAGACUUCAAAUUUUCGGCCCCAAUAAGUUGGAAGAGAAGAAGGAAAGCAAAUUUCUCAAGUUCCUUGGUUUCAUGUGGAAUCCACUCUCAUGGGUCAUGGAGGCGGCAGCGAUUAUGGCCAUUGCUUUGGCCAAUGGAGGAGGAAAGCCCCCGGAUUGGCAGGAUUUCGUUGGUAUUGUUUGCCUGCUUGUUAUCAACUCUACUAUAAGUUUCAUCGAAGAGAACAACGCUGGAAAUGCUGCUGCAGCCCUUAUGGCUGGUCUUGCUCCUAAAACAAAGGUUCUGAGGGACGGUCGAUGGAGUGAGCAGGAAGCUGCGAUUCUCGUACCGGGAGACAUUAUCAGCAUUAAGCUCGGGGACAUUGUCCCUGCUGAUGCUCGUCUUCUUGAAGGUGAUCCUUUAAAGAUUGACCAGUCUGCCCUUACCGGAGAAUCCUUGCCCGUGACGAAGAAUGCGUACGAUGAAGUUUUCUCUGGCUCGACUUGCAAACAAGGUGAACUAGAAGCAGUUGUGAUUGCAACCGGUGUACACACUUUCUUUGGAAAGGCUGCACAUCUAGUGGACAGCACCAACCAGGUGGGACACUUCCAGAAAGUGCUCACUGCGAUCGGUAACUUCUGCAUCUGCUCCAUUGCCGUUGGUAUGGCAGCUGAGAUAAUAGUGAUGUACCCAAUUCAGCACAGGCCAUACAGAAAAGGAAUAGAUAACCUCCUCGUUCUUUUGAUCGGAGGCAUUCCCAUUGCUAUGCCCACGGUCUUGUCUGUCACCAUGGCCAUUGGAUCCCACCGGCUAUCGCAGCAGGGAGCUAUCACCAAGAGAAUGACUGCUAUUGAGGAAUUGGCUGGAAUGGAUGUCUUGUGCAGUGAUAAGACUGGCACUCUGACCCUAAACAAAUUGACCGUCGAUAAAUCCUUGAUCGAGGUCUUUGCAAAGGGCGUGGAUCCUGAGCACGUGCUACUCCUCGCUGCAAGGGCAUCCAGAACCGAAAACCAAGAUGCUAUUGAUGCUGCCAUUGUUGGUACCCUCGCUGAUCCAAAAGAGGCAAGAGCUGGUGUCAAAGAGGUUCACUUCUUUCCUUUCAACCCUGUCGAUAAAAGGACUGCUUUGACUUACAUUGACUCCGAUGGGAACUGGCACAGAGCUAGCAAGGGAGCCCCCGAACAGAUUUUGACUCUAUGUAACUGCAGAGAAGACUUAAAGAAAAAAGUCCACAGUGUUAUUGAUAAAUUCGCUGAGCGUGGGCUUCGGUCUUUGGCUGUUGCCAGACAGGAGGUUCCGGAAAAAUCCAAGGAUUCCCCUGGUGGAUCGUGGCAAUUUAUUGGGCUCUUAUCGCUUUUUGAUCCUCCCAGACACGACAGUGCUGAGACCAUCCGCAGAGCUCUAAACCUCGGUGUCAAUGUCAAAAUGAUUACUGGUGAUCAACUUGCCAUUGGUAAGGAGACUGGCCGUAGGCUCGGUAUGGGAGUAAAUAUGUACCCGUCUGCUUCAUUACUCGGUAACCACAAGGAUGAGUCUAUAGCCGGCCUUCCUGUUGAAGAACUGAUUGAGAAGGCAGAUGGUUUUGCAGGGGUGUUUCCAGAGCACAAGUACGAAAUCGUGAAGAAACUGCAGGAGAGGAAGCACAUUGUGGGAAUGACAGGUGACGGUGUCAACGAUGCCCCUGCUCUUAAAAAGGCAGAUAUUGGGAUUGCUGUUGCUGACGCUACUGAUGCUGCAAGAAGCGCAUCUGACAUUGUGCUAACUGAACCCGGACUUAGUGUUAUCAUUAGUGCAGUGCUGACCAGCAGAGCUAUUUUCCAGAGAAUGAAAAACUAUACCAUAUAUGCAGUGUCCAUCACCAUCCGUAUUGUGUUCGGCUUCAUGUUCAUUGCAUUGAUUUGGAAGUUUGAUUUCUCCCCCUUCAUGGUUUUGAUCAUUGCCAUUCUGAAUGAUGGUACGAUUAUGACCAUCUCUAAGGAUAGAGUGAAGCCAUCUCCAUUGCCUGAUAGCUGGAAGUUGAAAGAGAUUUUCGCCACUGGCAUCGUUCUUGGUGGCUAUCUCGCUCUAAUGACCGUCAUUUUCUUCUGGCUGAUCCACGAAACCGACUUUUUCCCUGUAAGUAUAUACCGAGGAGAACUAGUUUUAUUCCGUACUAUUUUUAUUUUUUCUCUUCUCUUUACGAACCAUAAUUUUUUGCAGGACAAAUUCGGAGUCAGAAGUAUCAGAGAUAACGAGGACGAAAUGAUGGCCGCUCUAUACUUGCAAGUGAGUAUUGUCAGCCAAGCCCUUAUCUUCGUGACCAGAUCUCGCAGCUGGUCAUUCGUGGAACGCCCUGGACUUCUACUCUUGGUUGCUUUCGCGAUCGCUCAACUGAUUGCCACUCUGCUAGCUGUGUAUGCCAACUGGGGUUUCGCAAGAAUUCACGGCUGUGGAUGGGGAUGGGCCGGUGUUAUCUGGAUUUACAGCAUCCUCUUUUAUCUGCCCCUCGACUUGAUGAAGUUCGCCAUCCGUUACAUCUUGAGUGGAAAGGCGUGGCAAAACCUGUAUGACAACAAGACUGCUUUCACAACCAAGAAAGACUAUGGAAAAGAAGAGAGAGAAGCUCAAUGGGCUCAUGCUCAGAGGACUCUGCAUGGACUUCAAACACCAGAAGCUAACACCGUCUUCAACGAGAAGAGCAGCUAUCGCGAAUUGUCAGAAAUCGCAGAACAGGCUAAAAGGAGAGCUGAGAUCGCAAGGCUGCGUGAGCUGCACACGCUCAAGGGGCAUGUUGAGUCUGUUGUGAAGCUAAAGGGGCUCGACAUUGAGACAAUCCAACAACAUUACACCGUCUAAUAUAUUUGGAAGAACAAACGAAUACGUUUUAGAUAAAACUGUUGUGAAGAGGAACAAGACAGUGUGACAUGCCUGAUUCCUCGUUAUUUAUUCUGUUUCUUGUUUCUUAAUGUAAUGUCAAGUCAAGUCAAGGUGCCCUAGAAUGGGCUGAUCUUUGACUCUUUUAUGAGUACAAUGGCAUCUCCCUGUUAUACACUUUUCAUAACUCAAUCUUGUAUUUUUACAUAUUUUCCCAGCUAUUUAUAAUGGCUCGUCACUCAGAGAUGUAUGUGAUUGUAAAAAAAACAAAUGUUUCAUGGUGUAAUAUUGAAGGAUGUUGAUAUACAA